GCGUGGUCAGAGGCGGGGCCUACGUCAUGACGGUCACGGCGGGGCCCCGCCCCCCGCAGCGGCGCGAGAUCCGAACGCGCGUCGGCGCCAACGGCGGCUGCAGAGGCGCGCGGAUCGCCGCCGUCAUGAGACGUAGAAGGCCGGAGAAGGAGGAGGAGAAGGAGGCGUGUGGCGUGUGGCUGGACGCGGCGGCGCUGAAGAGGCGGAAGGUGCAGACACAUUUAAUCAAACCAGGCACCAAAAUGCUGACAUUGCUUCCUGGAGAGAGAAUACCUAAUAUUUCUUUUACUCAAAGAAGAGGCACUCGGCAGAUGAGUAUUUCGUCCUUUGUCACGUUGCAACCAGGAAUGGCCAAUGACCAGAAGAGCAUUUUAUCUCGCAAAGAAAAUCAGAUCAACCAAGAGUGCAAGAGAACCCAGCCAGACGGUUUGGUCCAGGGAUUGGAGGAUGAUGGCUUGGUUUCACCUUUGGCCACUUCAACUCCUGCAGACAUCCAGGAAGCUGGACACUCUCCUCCAUCUUCCCAGAUUUCUAGCCACCACGGUUUGGAAACAUCGUCUUUGACUAUGAUGUCUUUGCCCCAGCCUGACAUCCUGAUGGGUGCUGGAUCAAGUAAAGCCUCCCUGGCUUCUUCCUCUACCAAUGUGGAAAGUUCUUGCUUGCUGGACCAAAGAGAGGCCAGGAGGAAAAGGGAAUGGAUUCAUGGAUCUAAGACUAACUGUCCAGGCAUGGGAAGCCACAUCAGACCAUCUAGGGGUAAAUGCUGUCAGCCCUUGGACAAAGCUGAACUGGGAGGAAAGGGGUCUGCUAAGGAAAACAGGCAGGCCCCCGUGCCUCUUCAAACCUGGAGUGGAAAAAAAACACCAUCAGUGACAAAAAGCCCUUGUCUUUCUGUAUUUUCCUGGGACAGUGAAAGGAAUGACAGGGACUCCUGGAGUCAGCUUUUCACUGAGGAUUCCCAAGGCCAGCAGGUCAUCGCCCACAACAAUAAAAUGCCCUUUCAAGAUGUAACCAAUGUUAGGAAUCAAGGCUCAGAGCAGUUUCCUGACAGCCCUCAGGCUCAAUGCCAAGAUGGGCCUCCUGGGUUACACCUGCAGCCAAACCUGCUCUUUACCCAGGACUCUGAAGGUAACCAGGUUAUCAGACACUAGUUCUAAAUGUUUGUGUGGGUGUAUCUUGAAGUGGCAGAGAUGGAGGGAAGUAGGGUGAGGCUGGGUAAAGAGGAUGGUUUAGGCCACGUGGGAUGAAGCAGUUGUCAUUAUGGAACACUGUUCUGCUCUCAUGUAAAUAAAGCAAGUAAUGUGUGGUAGGCAUGCUUUUCCCUCAGUAA